GCGGACAUAUGUUUUAGAUUCUGGAAUAAGAAAGACAAAUGAGAAAAACCCUGGUCUCCCGUUCUGCCACUUAUUAAUUUUUUUCAUUAUAUUAUAGAAAUAAGGCUCAUCUUUUCUCAUUACCUUUUUGAAAUCUUGUGACCCUUCCAUGUCUUUCCUCCUCCAGCUAUUAUAGUCCCUCUCUCUCUCUCUUAUAUAUAUUACAUUAUCUUGAACACAAUCAUCAAGUUAUAAUUAUAGAGAGAAUUGUAGCUUACUUGAACCUCACAAGAACACAAAAACAAACAUGGGGAGAGCUCCUUGCUGUGACAAAGCCAAUGUGAAGAAAGGCCCUUGGUCACCUGAGGAAGAUGCCACACUCAAGGCCUACAUUGAGCAGAAUGGCACAGGUGGAAACUGGAUAGCCUUGCCGCAGAAGAUAGGCCUUAAGAGAUGCGGGAAGAGCUGUCGCCUUAGAUGGUUGAAUUAUCUCAGACCAAACAUUAAGCAUGGAGGGUUUUCUGAGGAAGAAGAAAACAUUAUUUGCAGCCUCUAUGUUAGUAUUGGAAGCAGGUGGUCCAUCAUCGCUGGUCAAUUACCAGGGCGAACUGAUAAUGAUAUAAAGAACUACUGGAACACAAGGCUGAAGAAGAAGCUCCUAGGAAAGCAACGCAAAGAGGAACAGGCUCAGGCUCAGGCUCACGCUCACGCUCAGGCACAGGCUCGGCGAGCUAAGCAAGAAAUGAAGAGAGAGAGCUAUGAGAAUUUUAUGGUUCCUGGGGCCAUGAACCAGAGCCCAUAUUGGCCUGUAGAGCUCCCUGUGGCAGUGCCAAUAGUGUGUGCAGCCCAAUACCCUCCUCCUCUUGAGGACCAAGCAGCUCUUACAAAUUUUCUGAUCAAACUAGGAGGAAGAUUUUCAGACAAUCAUCAACAACCAAACCUCACCACCACCACCACUGAUUUUCAAUAUCCCAUUGAUAAUCAUAUCAUUUCCUCGCCUCAAGAUCAACUAUAUGCAAACUCAAUGAGUAUGCUUACUUCGUCAACAACUACCAAUUCCGUUGGCAGUACUUGUACUCAAUUGACAAACAUGGUUCAAGGGCUUGAAAAUUUCCCAUGUGAGGUAGAGUUUGGCUAUAACAAUCCACAACAACAACUAAAUGGGUUGGAUGGAUUUUAUGGAAUGGACAUGGUCAAUGCUAGCACUGCAGGGACUACUACUACUAGUUCUUGUGAAAGCGCUAGCUGGGGAGACAUAAGUUCUUUGGUUAAUGUUUAUCCCCCUUUGGUUUCUGACUAUGAAGGGACACCACAACCACAAGAUUCUGCUUUUGGAGAUUUGAGUUACUUCAGGCCGAUACAAUAGCAGCACUGUACAUGGGUGGUGUAUAUUUGUACCAGUAGAGGAUUUGAUUUCAGGAUUUCACAAAAAAAAAAAAAAAAACUAAUGAAUUCACUCAUUUAGAGUUCUUUUUCAAUUGUUCUGCAGCUAGUUGCACGUUCACACUGACUUCUUAUAUAUGCUAUUAGUUUUAAAUAA